AUGGAAUCUGGUCUGUCUAUAUCUACCGCACCGCAGAGCAAGCUUCCAACUUCACUUCUUCAACUCCUUUCCAAUACCCUGGUCCUCUAUCAAACCGUCCCAUACCUUCCAGUCUCCUCUGUGUUGGCCCUGGGAUCCACCUCUAAAUCCUUCCAUGCCCUCAUUCACAGGGCACCACACGUAUUUAGACGUCUUGACUUGAGUCAGGUCAAGUACGCUCGGUCGGAAAUUGGCUCACUCGAUCACGGAGGAGAAGUAUGGCGGAACAUUCAAGUUGAUGAGAAUGUUACGGAAGACGAUUUCUACGGAGGUCCCUUGAGGGGGAUUUUCAGCAAUCUUCGACGCCGAAAUAUUCUUCAAGAUGUCCGGACCUUAGUCCUUGAUGGGCUCACAGUCCCAGCUGAUUUAGUCACCGAGAUCAUUACCCACGAAUCUUUCAACGUCCAAAUCCUGUCAAUUCGUGAUGUCCAACAUCUGAACGAACGUAAACUGCAACAAGCCCUUUUGUAUGCAGUCAGACCUUCGAGACCAGCCGGAACACCUAAGCUCCAGGGCUUGUAUGUAUUCGGGCCAAAGGAUCCCCCCUCGUCAUCUCGACUCCGACCUUACAUUAAAAGAUACCCCCCAGGUGUUGCACCGCUAGAUAUAGUCCCAUCAUAUGGAGGGUCAGUAUCCGCAAGGGGUGCACAAAUUGGGGCACGAUGGAACCAGAAAUCCGAGGAUGCGCUCGCAGAGGACAUGGCUAGUGACAAGUGGUUUCAGAAGAGUGGUAAGGUCUUUCCAAAAGUGCCAUCUUCGGAGUGGGCAGAAACCAUUCAAGCUUGUCAGGGUAUUAUAUGUUUUGAUGCCGUUCUCUGCAAUGGACCUCGACAUUCAGCCUUGAUCAAGUAUACUUCUUUCGAAAAACCGAAUAGUUCACCUUGGUAUUGGCGUCCCGACGCAUACAUACCGCCUCGGAUUGCAACGCAUGGGCUUGGAGUCUGCAGUCGGUGUGGUGGUGCUCCUGAAGGCGUCGCAAGGUUUGAAAUAUCACCCAUGGAACGCUUCCCGCUGCUGGCUCCUCCACCACUCCAUUCAUCAACUAUCAAGUCAGCGAAGACUCCGUUACGCCGAGACUCCCACCAUACAAAGGAGCUGUUAGUACGCUGUGUCGAAUGCCUCCGAAAUCGAUACUGCGAGAGUUGCCACAAAUGGUGGUGUGAAGAUUGCUACGAAGUCGGAAAUCCGGGCUACACAUCCACUGCAACUGAGUCGUUGCAUAGUGUCAGUGCUGGGCAGGAAGAACUAAAUAGAGAUGUCAAGGUACAUAUCAAUCUUUGUAUUGCGAGUCGUAUUAUGGAAACGGUGCUGUCCGAAACCGGUAGUAAUGAAGUGCGGAGUUGA